AACUCGAGCCGAUUACCACUGGCCAGACAGUCAGUCGCGAGCAUUGGAGUGAUUGGUUGAUCGUCCACCUUUCUCUCACUUCUCCGAAACGGCAGCAAAAUGGAUACACUGGGUACAGAGAUUGGCCAGAAGAUGAGGAGCGCCGUGAAGGCAAAAUUGAUCGAGCUGGGUACCGGUUCCGGCAGCGGGUUCAUCGACGACGAGCUGCCAGACUAUGUCAUGAUAAUGGUGGCCAACAAACGCUCACGCCAGCAGAUGGUGGACGACUUGUCGCUUUUUCUCGGUGCGCAGACAGAGGUGUUCGUCAACUGGUUGCAUCAAGUGCUGCAGAAGCUGCAAGAAGUGACACUGCCCGCCUCGGUGACGGCCAAGUCGGUUAAGGAUGUGGCGAAAAAGAAAUCCGGUGAACCCGACGACAAACGCAGGGAACGGAAGCGUAAGGAUAAGAAGAACAAACGGCACGAUGUUGGCGGCGAAGAAAGUGAACCCAAGAGUGCUGGGCCAGUGUUGAGUGGUGACGAUGGUGACAAAACGCCUCCGCACCCAGCCACCGGCGGCCCACCGUUGGGCUCGAUCACGGAAGUGUUCGCCCAUCAGUACAUCGAAAAGGCAAAAAAAUCCAUCGACGAAGACGCCGGAACUUCGGGUGACAAGAAGCCGUCUUCCACGGGAUCCGCGGCACGGGAACAACAGAGCGGCAAAGCACCACAAGCUGGCCCGGCGAAUAUUUCUUCGAUCGCGGACAUAGCCAGUGCCACCGUCGUGCGGAAGCACCACAAAGAGCUGUGCGAGUUGGCGGAGAUACAGCAGCGGAUCUCCGAAGCGAAGCGGCACCUGAAAUCGCUGGGGACCGAUGUUUCGGAUGAUGAUGAUGAGGAUUUGCUGAGCCUCAAACUGCCCGACGAUAGUUUGCUGUUGUCGGACCGGCGAUCAAAACCAACGACGGCACUCACCAACCAACCGUCCGCCACGGGAACGCCCAAUCAGGUCACGACAGGCAAACAGCGACAGCGCAUAACGAUGGCAGCGCAGGAGCCCCCGAAGCCUGCACCGUCUUCGUCUCGCAGUACCACACCGCCGGCGCCUCUAGCCGUAAAAGAGAAAGCUCAGACCAGUGCCAGUAAACGCUCGGUUCUCGAUCGUCUCGGAACGAGAGCCGUCACCGCUUCAGCCGAGUCUGUCGAAGUGGAAAGCUCUGGCGGAGGAGCUGCCAAGCAACCGGCGCGUGACACAUCGGCCGUCGGUCACAGUGCAAACCCCUCGACCAGUAGUGAGGGUGCUAUGAAAAGCACCAUCAUCAGCCUUUCGGCGCACCGGCGCGAAGAACGUGAAAUCUACGUUCCACUGUUCCGUCGAAAGGAACAUUCGAACGAGGGACCGAAAGGCCAUCGGCCUGUGCGACAUGAACGGGCACGGAGCCGCGAGCGGAACAAUCGACCGAAGGCAUCGUCACCGCCUGCGUUGCCACCCGGCCGUCGGUUGAGCCGCGAUCGACGCGGGAAUUUGGAUCCUGGGCGACCGCGUGAUCGGCGGUCUCGAAGUCGCGAUCACGAAUCCCGUUCCAUCGACCGUGAUCGCUCAAAAAACGGGACCGAUUCGGCGCGCAAUCGCAUCGGUUCGCGCGUCAUCGUCUUGCCCCCGAAACCGGAGUACAACGAGGACAUCGUUGAGGUACCGGUAGCGAGCGUCAUUAAGGUACAGCCGCGACCGAUAAUACCGAAGGCGAAGCAACCGAGCAAAAACCUGCUCCUGAAGGCGAUGGCCGAAGCGCAGCGUUCCACCGUGGCCAAUCUGCGCAAAACCAUCGACAACACGGUGGCGAUCGGGGAAAGUAAGGAGCCCUUUCUGCGGGUGGACGGCAAACGGAAGCUGCUGAUCGAAAUAUCGGGCAACAGCCACUCGGAGGUGGAGGUGCAGUACGAGGACGACGAGGACGCUGUCGAAGAGGUACCGGACGUGAUGGCCACGUACCACCGCAGCGUCGCAACCGACGAGGAGGUGCACGAAGUGGACAUUGCCAACCAGGUGCUGAUGGACGAUUCCGAUGAGGACGACGAGUUUAAAGAGAUGCUCGAAGCUGGGGCGGACUACGGUCGAAGGGUGGACACGGGAGUGGGCAUGAAGAUACUAGCGGGUGGGAACGCAGACUACGACGCCGAACCCAGUCUGGUUCCCGGUGUGGUUCCGGAGCCGAUGGACGAUGAUGAUACGAAGUUUGUCGUAACGCUGGACGGUGGACGGUUCAACGAGAGUGAUUCUCCCACUACACCCAGCCAUACUCCUCCUCCCACGCCGGUCGCCCAGCCCGGUGCGGUCAAACUUCGACUCUCGGUCAAGGAGCGGAUCGGCGUCAAGCAGCAGAAGGAACGGCGUGCGUCGCCAACGUCGAAGGACUCCAAAGAGUUUGAAGAGACGCUCAAGAAGCGGAAGGAGCGGUUCAGUGUGAAACCGGCAAAGACCCCUCCACCUCUACCACCACCACCUACGCUAACGCCUGAAGCGUUGAAACCACACAAAUCCGGUUCCACUUCUCGCUCUCCAUCUCGGGGCCAGCGGUCACCGAAACCCUUCCGGUCGCACUCGUCGUCGCAGGGUGGCACUCGCCACGCUCGGCGCACACCAUCGCUCAGCCCCGAGAGGCCAGUGCGACGAAAUGCGCUAGCCUCCCCGGAAAGGUCCCGAUCCUCGCGGCAACGUUCGUCCCGGAUGGUGCCAACCGGCAGCAGCAACUCGCCCAGCCACCUGAACGAGCUGUUGCUGCAGCGCACCAAGGAGCUGAUGGAUGACAGCGUGUCCUCGUCGCCGAUCUACAUGUCCAAGACGGAUUACGACAAGAUGGAGCCGGCUUCGCGCAAACGGAAGCGCGUUUCGCCGAUCCAGUUCAACUUGACCGACGAGGACGACGUGCUGCAGGACAGUGACGACGAGUAUCGCGAUCGACGUCGUGAAGAGCGCAAUCCGCGGCGCAGCCGACAGCGAGAGAGUGAAGAACGCGCGGAACGGAGCGGGCGAGAAUCGCGCCGCGAGUGGGAACGGGACGGUGAACGGCGCGAAAGUGUCCGAUCGUCGCCGGGUCGGAAGAUUAAGAAGCUCGAAUCUAGUCGCAAAUUUGACGAUAUUCCUCCGUUGCUGAGUGCCAUCUCCGUCUCGGGAGCGGAUGGAAAAGCUGGCAAACCCCUAGCUGGCGGUAGUGGCGCCAUCAAGGAGCGUUGUAAGUACUUUCCGAGCUGUCGGCAGGGCGAAACGUGUGAGUUCCUGCAUCCGACCACUCCCUGCAAGGCAUUCCCGGGAUGCAAGUUCGGCGACAAGUGCCUCUAUCUGCACCCGAUGUGCAAAUACGAUCUCACUUGCCACCGGCUGGAUUGUAACUUUAUGCACUCGAAGAGCACCGUCACCGGUGCCGGUGCCUCGGCGCCCCCGUUGGCUUCGUCGGUGGUUCCGGUGCAAAACUACAAAACGAUCAGCGCGAAACCGUUGCCACCGCUGUGCAAGUACUAUCCGAACUGUAGCAACACGCAGUGCACGUUCUACCACCCGAAGAUGUGCCGCUUCGGGCGCCACUGCGUCAACAAGGUCGAGUGUAACUUCUACCACUACGAACUGCCACCGCAGGAGCUGCACGACUCAACGUCGAAGGACAAGUUCAAGUGGAUCUCGCCGUUCUCGGCCUGAAACGGAGAGCGUGUGGCAGCGGGCGCUUAGAGUGUAGGUUCUUAGUUCUUAUUCGUCUGCCCUCUUCAUUGUAAUUCAGUCUUAUCACAAGCGCCACCGAACCGACCGGAUUGGCCAGC